ACGUUUAAAUAUAACCUAAAAAUUAUCUAACGCAAAUUGAUUGAACACCGUGGAAAAUAUUUUAUAAUUACCGAAGUUAAUAUAUUUCCUUCCAAAUAGGACAUUGGAGAGCGUCAUGGGGUCUCGUCAGAUAACGGAGAAAUCCUUGUCUAUGAUAAGAUCGCUACCCCGAAUAUCACUUGGAAAUAUACGUGAUAAUCCAGGCUCAAAAGUUAAACAAAAAAGAGGCCGUGGACAACAUGGGGGUGAUAAACACGGCGCUGGAAACAAGGGAUCAGGACAGAGACAAAACUACAUGCGGCUGGGCUAUGAAACUGGCAACAACCCUUUUUACCUAAGAGUUCCCCAAGAACAUUACUACAGAGGGCACCAUUUCAGAAGGCAGUAUCCUCCACUCUCUCUGCAGAAGUUACAAAGCUUAAUAGAUAGAGGUGUGGACAUCUCAAAGCCUAUUGAUAUAGCAACAGUCAUAAAAUCAGGCAUGUACACUAUUCACCCUGAUCAAAAGCAUUUUGGUAUAAAUUUGACUGAUGAAGGAGCAGACAUAUUUUCGGCAAAAAUCAACAUAGAGGUGCAAUGGGCCAGUGAACAAGUCAUUGCAGCCAUAGAGAAAAAUGGUGGAGUCAUAACUACCGCAUAUUACGACCCGCAUAGUCUGAUGCUUCUCAAAAAUCCUAAAAAGUUUUUUGAAACAGGUCAAGCCCUCCCUCGACGCAUGAUUCCUCCACCUGAUGCCAUUGAGUAUUAUACAAGUGCAGAGUCAAGAGGAUAUUUAGCUGAUCCAGAAAAGAUUUCACAAGAGAGAUUAAAAUUAGCACAAAAGUAUGGAUAUCAGUUACCUCAAUUGGAAAAAGACCCUAAAUAUACUUUGUUAAGCAUCAGGAAAGACCCCAGACAAAUUUUUUAUGGUCUUGAACCUGGAUGGGUCAUCAAUUUGAAAGACAAAUGUAUUCUAAAACCCAAAGUUGAAGAGUUACUACAAUUUUAUGCUUCUUAAUAUUAUUUGAUUAUAAGCAAUUAGUACAUAAUAUACAUAUUAUUUAUUAAGUAAUGUAUGACAAAAGCAACAACUACAUUACAUACUGAAGUGGAACUAAAUAAAGUGUCACAUAUAUACCUAGAUAUUUUUCUGGCAUGAAUGAAGUGACACUAGUGACUUCCAUCUGACUAGUUCAUCGAUAACUUACACUAUAAUAAUGUC